AUGCCUGGUUGGUUUCGCUCAAAUACUAGUUGUGUGGUAGGUAAUGGUACUGACAUCAGUUUAUGGAAUGCAAAGUGGUGUGGAGAUAUUCCGUUUGGAGAUUUAUUUCCUAAACUUUAUGCAAAAGAAUUGCAGCAGCAAUCUAAGGUUGCAGAUAGGCUGCUCAGUGGUAGGGAGGGAGUGUUUUGGAGAUGGGAAUGGAGUGAUGCCUUGACACUGCCAGAAGAACAAGAAUUGUCUUCGUUAAAGGAGCUGCUUAUGACUGUUUCUCUUAAUCCUUUUAGUGCUGACAGAUGGCGUUGGAUUGUUGGUCAAGAGGGGUUAUUUUCGGUCAAGUCUUGUUAUGAUUUUCUUGCACAAAAUGGGUCGACCGAAAUAAUCAAUUCAAGGCUGCUGGAGGUAAUUCAAAUGAUGUGGAAUAAUAAUGUACCCUCAAAAGUGAGUGUCUUUGGAUGGAGAAUGUUAUUGGAGAAAUUACCAACACGGGAUGCUUUAGCUUCUAAAGGUAUUAUUACAAAUCCUCAUGAACUUACUUGCGUGUUCUGUUUUCGGUUUGUAGAGAAUUGCCCUCAUCUUUUUUUUAGUUGCAAUUUCACUCGAAUGGUGUGGAAUGCAAUUUUCAAAUGGAUGGGGUGUGACAUUAUUGUUGGGGAUGAAGGGCUGAAUCAUUUCUUUACAUUCGGUGACUUUCUCAAAUCAAACAAUUGUGGGCGAUUUCGACAUUUGAUUUGGUUGACUACUACUUGGUGCUUAUGGAAAUUAAGGAACAAUAUUAUAUUUCGAGGGGAGGUGGCGGGUGUUUCAAAGUUGUUUGAUAAUAUUACGGCGAUAUCAUGGAUAUGGUUCAGUGGAAGAGCAGGGCGCAAGGCCAUCUUUUCUUUUUCGGAUUGGUGUUCUAAUCCUAUUGCAUGUUUACAAAGUAUAUAA